AUGAGGCUUUACAGUGUUAUUUUAAUAUGUCUUCUCUUUGGUGGGGCAACCCCCGAGGAAGUAGAAGUAGUCGAAGCGAUCCCUGGCGAGGAUUCAGCCGCCCGCCCAGAAGACGCUUCAACAGACCAACUGGCUCUCGAAUCCCUGAAUUCAAACUCUAACCCUCCUUCAAACUCUGCCUCUAACUCCAAUCGCGGAACAAUCGGUUCCAAUCGGCACAACGUAGCCUAUCACGGCCCUCCUCCUCCCCCGCCAGGAAAGCAACCCGCAGAAGCUCUAGACAAGGUUUUCACCACCGGAACAGGCGUAAGCAGUGACUGGCCUUCAACAUCCCCUGACAUGCCGAAGAUAGUGUCGUUAGACGUAAAAUGCGAAAAGAAUCUAAUGAAAAUCUUCCUGGGCUUCGACAAACCCUUCUACGGCAUAGUCUUCAGCAAAGGCCACUACAGCAACGUAAAUUGCGUCCACCUUCCCGCAGGACUAGGCCGGACUUCUGUUAACUUCGAAAUCGGAAUUCACGCCUGCGGAACAGCUGGAAACACCGAAAACGGGUUGUACGGAUAUGGCGCGGAAUCAGGAUCAGGAACUUACUUCGAGAACAUCAUCGUGGUCCAGUACGACCCUCAGGUCCAGGAGGUUUGGGACCAAGCCCGAAAGCUCAGAUGCACUUGGCACGAUUUGUACGAAAAGUCCGUGACCUUCAGACCCUUCCCAGUGGACAUGUUGGACGUGGUAAGAGCAGACUUUGCUGGAGACAAUGUUGGCUGCUGGAUGCAGAUCCAGGUUGGCAAGGGACCUUGGGCUUCGGAAGUAUCUGGACUGGUGAAGAUUGGCCAAACCAUGACCAUGGUCCUGGCGAUAAAGGACGACGAGGCCAAGUUUGACAUGUUGGUCCGCAAUUGCAUGGCUCAUGAUGGAAAACGCGCCCCAAUUCAAUUGGUUGACCAGCGGGGCUGCAUUACUAGACCCAAACUGAUGUCCAGGUUCACCAAGAUCAAGAACUUUGGAGCCAGUGCAUCAGUUUUAUCCUACGCUCACUUCCAAGCGUUCAAAUUCCCUGAUUCAAUGGAGGUCCACUUCCAGUGCACCAUCCAGAUCUGCAGGUACCACUGUCCUGACCAGUGCUCUGAAGGACUGGAUUCUGGACUUGGUCCAGGGCUGCUGGAGAACUCCCAUCCUGAUGUAAGCUACGGAUUGCCACCACCUCUUCCUUUGGAGGCUUAUCUCCAAGCUGGAGCUGGAAGACCAAGGGACGAACGCAGGAGAAAGUCCAGGGAGGUGUCGCUGACCACCGUUGGGGUCAACAGGAUCAUCAGGGUGGUGUCCACUGGAGACCUGACCUUUGCUAUCGAUGAGAAACCUGAAGAAGACACUGUUGUGGUUCCAGUUCAGGCCGGCUCGACUCUUAUCUGCAUGACCACCCCCAAGUUUGCGUUCACGCUGAUAAUCCUCCUGGCGAUCAUGCUGUUCUCCUGCAUCCUGUCGGCUUACUUGUGGAUCAGGUUGAGACCCACCACCAAGAAAAAGUGCAUCGUCGCGUACGUCACCAAGAAGCCCAAGACCUGCUUUUACUCUUAG